GAAAUUGAAAAUCAACACUCUCCCGAGUUGGUUAUCAGCAGAGGGGGACCGUUGCACAAUCCUUGUUGCUGAGCCCCUUUCCUGCUAGUUGAAUGACCAGUUGGGCAAACGCAUCGGCGGCUAAAAGCAGCGGGCUCCUGUCUCGCGCUUUGCGCCACAAUUAAACGCAGACUGAGGUGUGACUUGACAGUGCAGUGGCAGCUACAUGCUCACAGUGAGGCUUGAGGAAGCGACCCAGAUCUAGCUGGUGGACAGGUGCACCCUCGUGGUCUAUUGUUCUGAGGUUGCUGCUCAGGAUCGUCGCCCCUGCAGGCAUAGGAUACAACUUGGACAAGUAAACCUGCAGGAUUUGGAAGUGACCGAAAACAAGAAAUGUCAGCCGGCGAGGCCUUCGUCACCCUGGCCGCCUCCGACUCCUACUGCCAGGGAGCGACGGUGGUGGCCAGGAGCUUGAGACGGCACGGAACAACUCGUCGCUUAGUCGUCAUGGUCACGCCCGACAUCUCUGAGAAGUCCAGAAAAGGCUUGGAGAACGUCUUUGAUGAGGUCAUCACGGUGGAUAUGAAGAACAGUGAAGACCAGGUCCAUCUGGCCCUGCUGGGACGUCCUGAGCUUGGCAUCACCUUCACCAAGAUCCACUGCUGGAAUCUGACUCAGUACAGCAAAUGUGUCUUCCUGGAUGCCGAUACACUGGUCCUGUGCAACGUAGACGAGUUGUUCCAACGGGACGAGCUGUCAGCUGCUCCUGACCCCGGCUGGCCCGACUGCUUUAACUCCGGCGUAUUUGUCUUCAGACCAUCCAGCAUCACCUACAGCAGGCUCCUGGAUCAUGCCCUGCACCACGGCAGCUUUGACGGAGGAGAUCAGGGCCUCUUAAACUCAUUCUUCAGCAGUUGGAGUGUAGACGACAUCAGCAAACACCUGCCGUUCAUCUACAACCUGUGUGCCAGCUCUGUGUACAGCUAUCUCCCUGCUUUCCAACAGUUCGGCCACCAUGCAAAGAUAGUCCACUUUGCAGGAGCUGCGAAGCCUUGGAGCUCACAGAGAGAGGACUGCCACUCGCAUGUUAUGGAACAGUUUGAGUCUUUGUGGUGGAAGGAAUACCACAGUCGCACAACACCAUCCUUUGCAGACACUCAGCCCACUCCAAGUAGAACGGAACAGCAGAUCCAAGAACACGAGGUCAGGAUGCCAUUCACGGGAAAAUUGGAUAGCUCACUGCUUGCACAUUUUCCUUCAUCCUCUGACAGCCUCCACUCGUACACUGAAGAGAUAACGUCUCCCCAUACAGAUUGCUCUCCCCCGGAGGAGUCGCCAGUUCAGGAGGAUGAGUCCCCGCCAUCAGAGACAACGGACGUUAAUGAUCCACCUUCAGGAGCUGAAGGGUUGGAGGACAGUAAAGGCACCACAGAUACUAAGGCUCAGCUGUCUCCCCAUACAGAUAGUGUUCCCCUGGAGGAGUCACCAGUCCUGGAGGAAGAAUCCCCGCCACAUGAGACAACGGACGUUAAUGAUCUACCUUCAGGAGCUGAAGGGUUGGAGGACAGUAAAGGUGCCGCGGAUACUGAGGUUCAGCCGUGGGAAGACAGAGGGGCGGAGCAUCGCAGGAUGUGGGAGGCUGGACAGGUGGACUACCUCGGCAGAGAUGCUUUCCAGAACAUCCAGAAGAUGCUGGACCGCUUCCUGAAUCCACCGAGCGAGACCUCGCCGCCUUGAACUGAUGCGUCGCCCAGUUCUGUGCGCGUCACAUUGACAAGGCUUGGGUUCGGGGUCAUGCAUCAUUACUGAUAAGAAAAGAGCCUUGCUAAACUAUUUACACCCACUGAACGUAACUAUAUUUUACCCAGUUGCAAAAAACAAAAACAAAAAAAGUUGUUUUCAUUGGGAUUUUAUGGCCUAGAGCAAAGUCGUAUGGAAUUGUAAAGAGGAUGGAAAUAAUUUGUGAUUCCACAGUUCACAAAUACUAUAUGUGUGACUAAUGGCGGCCGAAUACAAAGGCAUGCCACGCUUUGAUUUCAAUUCCCUUCAUAAUUUUUCUCCCGCUUCACAAUGAUGGAUUAAUAUUAAUAAAUAAAAUAAUAUAAAAUCUCAAUGAAACACAACAAGGUGUUCAGUUUCAAAGGGGUUGAAAAGGGAAAGAGUUCAAAUUCACUGUAGUGAAAAAAAAAAAACAAACACAUCUUGAUUUUAGCCCCCAGUCUGACGCUUAUGUUGAUAACAGAUCAUGCAUUCUUAGAGAAGCGCAGAGGUUUCAAGCCAAAUAGAAGCUUAAAUUGUGCAAACAUUGUACGUUUUUGUAGUAUCUUGUCAUUCAAAGCACUGAAGCGUCUUUCACCCUGUAUGCCUGUGACUUUACACGUAUGAACGCUGUGACUCGUAUUUAAACUUUGUGAUACGUCUUACAAAGGUUUGUGUUCUGGUAUCAAUUAAAGCUCUCUAACUAAACU